CCAUGCCCCCCCCCCUUCAGCGGUGGUGCGGGGCGGGGCGAGCGAGUUCGGCCAAUCGCGAGGCGCCUUACCGCUCGCGCACGAUGCGUGACGCGUAAACCCGCCCGCGUCCAAUGAACGACGCGGUUGUUGACCCGGUGGCAACACCCCCCCCCACACACACACCUCUUGCUGUGUGCAUCGAGCGAAGCGUGGAUCCCACGCACGCCACACACCCACACCUCCCCUCAGAGACCCACUCCAGCAAAUCGGUGUUUUAUUUUUUUUGUUUGCUUUAAUCAAAUUCGUCCAUUGCCUUUCGCAGACCGCUCUUCGAAGCUACGAACAUUACAUUCAGCGCGGCGGACGAGCGAAAGGCCAGGAUGUCGACAGCGGCGUACGUGCGCUAUGUGAGCCCAUACCGGGACUUUGGCGCGUGGCUCGGCUCGCACGGCAUGAAGGCGCCCUUCGCCAAGGCAAUGGAGCGGGAGCUUGGCAUCGGCGACUACGACGACUUGUUGGCAUGUGCCGAGCCUCUCGGCGUACGCGGAGAACUCUUCACGGCCGCCAAGGAGAAGCUGCCGUUCGCGUGCUACGCCGUGUUGCGCCGCAUCAUUGAGUCGGUAGCGCACGGCCACGCGGGCGAUGCCGGUGGCGAUGGUGGGCGCAGCAAGCAGCAGCAGCCAGCACCACCCCACGGUGCUUGCAUCAGUGGCGUGCUCGACACCAUCGUGUCCAUGCUCAACAGCCUGAGCCAAGAGUUCCUGAAUUCGGCGCGCAAGUUCAGCUCCCUGGACCCUGCGCUUGGCAGUAGCGGCGGCAACAAUGGUUGUGAUGACGUGGAUAAAAGAGAUAAUGGAGAUAACGGCGGUUGUGGUGGUGGUGGUGGAGGUCGCGGUGGUGGGCGUCCGGUGCUGCUGGCUCGGGCUGCGGUGGCAUCACCUUCAGAAGCAGGUGACGCGGAGGAGCUCGACAUGAAGUGGGAGUCGGCAUCCGUGCAGGAGCUGGAGCCGCCCGAACUGGAUGGCCCCGAGCUGGACGGAGUGACCCCAAAACGCCGCCGCGCAGUUGAUGGUGACGAUAGCUCCUCGUUGGCGGGCCGAGCCAUGGGGGGGGGUGGCGGUGACGACGACGGCGACGGCACCACAACCGGCAAUGCCGACGGCACCAGCAGCGGUGGUGUUGGCAACAGCUGCGGCGAGCCGUGGGCGGGCGGGCGCUUCGUGUGCUGGCAGUGUGGCAAGACGUUUGUGCAUGGGAAGAGCCUGCGGCGGCACCAGCGCGUGCACACGGGCGAGCGGCCGUACGCGUGCGAAGCGUGCGGCCGGCGCUUCAUGCAGUACAGCACGCUCAAGUCGCAUCGCAUCACGCACACGGGAGAGAAGCCCUACAAGUGCGAGUGUGGCAAGGCCUUCACGCGCAACUUCUACCUCAAGCAGCACAAGAUCGGCCAGUGUGUGCUCAAGUGCUCUGACCUGUCGGGGAUGCUCGUGGAUGACAAGUCUGCGUUGGAAGACGACUGUGUCGCGCCGCUUCCCGAAAGUGAUGCCCGAGAGGACGUCGAGCGCUCGCCUCCACCCCUCUCCGUCGUCAAACUGGAGCCCGACGAGGAGGACGAGAGCGCGCAGAGCUGAGCCGGGGGCGGUGCUGCAUUGCGCGGAAGGCCACCCAGAGAUGACAGCCAGUCAUUCCACCGCCGCCGCUGCUGCGAAUGCCGCUCGUGAGCGGAGCCUGGCGAUGCCCAGCACGUGUUGCUGCUACUCAAACGUGCUCACCAGUGUGUGGAGCCCGGCCGUCUGAUGAGUGUUACACUAUGCACGCGCACAAGGCUGAGCAGGGCUUAAUUUCUUGCCAAAUUAUUUCCAGGAUUGCCGAUAGACUGGAGCAUACCUAGGGCUCAUCUUAAGCACAAACACGGCAUCAUUGUUGACUGAAAUUUCACUUACAAUUAACAUUGUGGUUGUAAUUCAUUAUGAAUUGCACAAUUGUAAUUGACCAGAGGAGUAGACAUGUGAUGAGAGCCACAGCUGUCGCGAGUAUGAGAAUAUUUUCCCAGUUUCACUGACCUGGACCGAUCUGGCAGAAAUGAAGCCCUGCAGCUGAGCAAUUAGUCUGUUGAUUGAAACAUGCUUUCCUGGCGCUCAGUGCCCGGUAAAGUGCUGCUGCGCUCUUGCUCGCGUGCAAGUCAGCGCUGCAUGCCUCGUGUGCAGCCGAGCGCCCAGCAAAGUCGCUCUAUACAUGAACGCAGCUGAGUGAUGAGACUGUUAAUGUUCAAAGCACACACACACACACGUGUGUGCAUGUGCAGAGCUGCCUGCCUGAAGGUUGCUGCUCUUUCGCUCGCAUUGAGCUGAAUUCUGUGAAUUGGCGAGCUCCCAGUAGCAGCCAAACACUUGGGAGCGGAGUGAUUAGUGGGUAUUGGGCAUGCAAUGAAUCAUCAGUCAGGAUCUAUUACCUACAAGAUGCACGCAUCAAAGCAUGCUUUUAAGAAUCGGUUGUAAUGACAGUGCAGCGCAUUGUGCGAAUCCUUAUGAAUCUAGCCAUUGUUGACUUCUGCUUGCAUCGACCUGAGCGAGCACCAGAUGUCGAUGCGCGUGCACACUGGUGUGAAGUCAAGCUCUUGGCGAAUUACCGUGCGCACUCAAGUGAGGGCAGCCAAAUACUGCAUGUCACACAUUAGUCUGUUCUGCUAUAACGUGGUAGUUGCGUUUCUGAAGUACAUCGCAUUGUGGAAAAAUCCCGUUAUAAUAUAGGUUAAAGCACGCACAGUCCGUGAUAACAUGCGCGAUGUGUGUGCAGGCCAAACAGUGUGAGGCGCAUGGGUAGCAUCUAGAAGCAUCCAGCAGCAUCCCACCAUUGUGUGAUGCUACACCGAGGCAGCCGUAUAACCGCUUAUUCAUACUCGCAUGACGUAGCUCUGUUCACUCAAUCGCGUUAUAUUCAAUUUGCAUCCACGUUAUAAAAAAUGUUCCCUAAUACAUUCAUCGCGUUGUAUCCAAUUCGCAUUAUGAAAACACGCGUUAUAUGAGAACAGACUACGUACCACCAGCCAGGCGGUCCAUGUGUGGCUGACCGCUCGGUAGGUGUUACUGUCUAAUCAUGGAGCCAUAAGCCAGGCAACGCCAUACGCACGUUCUUGAGGACUUGGCAAGCGUCACCGCACAUGCGGCCGCCUGCGACGAGGGUGCACAGCAAGCGUAACCACCGCGCAUACGCACGCGCAUUGAGUUCGACUACCCAGGAAACAUCGCCCACUUGCGUGAAGCUGCAGGUUGGCGCCAAGCAUCAUGCGCACGGCACGGGUGGUAGCAGAGCAGAUUGGUGCCGUGCAGGUACAGCGCUGGGAGCCUGGAGCUUAACGUCGUAGGUACAAGCGACGUGGAACCUUGAGACGUUGUUAGGCUCGUGCACCCAUCCGAAUGUGCGAUCGCGAACUGAAAAUUGGGCACCUACAAGUUGCCAAUGGCUGGUGCUGCGUGCACACGGUUGGCAACUCCCAUUGCUUUGUUUCCAACACCUGGGGCAACAACUGGCUGCUACCAUCAUUAGACCUCCUUUGCCAGUACCAAAAUGUACUAAUAGGGUUUUUCCCCUUUUUUCUGGCAACAAAACUGAAACUUUUUUUUACGAGGAUUC